GCAAUGCUCAUUCUGCUGGCUGGGCUAGCGGUGACACUGUCGAGGUUCACAACCUUUGCGACACCUGCAGGCUCUUCCCCGCGAAGGGAUUUUCUGAAGAGCAUGACCGCUGGACUCGCAGCCGGAGCAGGCAUGCAGGUGGUCGACGUCCAGCCAGCGCAAGCAGCCAUCACAAGAUGGUCUGGCAUCUACAAGGACCCCAAGCAUCCAGGCUGCGAGCGUGGCAUCACUAAGGAUGGCGACGAGUUUGUCAUCUCCGGGACCAGCUCUGUCGACGGAGCCAAAGAAUGUGAGAAGGACAUGAAGACCAAAAAGUGGUACCUCGUCGCCACGAAAGGUGCCGAUGAUGAGCUGAUAAUUGAUUUUUCGCCCAAGGGCGGGCCCAAGGAUGCUGUUGCCAAGUGGGACGGUGACGGCAUCAUUUUCCCAGAUGGCAACAGGUGGUCCAAGAUCAAGCGCAAGCCGGAGGAAGCAGCAGACACCUACCUCGACGGCCCAUCUUCGCCUUUGGCCAAAUUCCGUUAA